AUGGGGAAAAGAGAGAAGAAGGUCAAAGCGCGGGAACAUUCCUCGUCAGAGGAAGAUAGAAGAAAGAGAAAAGAUCUAGUAGAAGCUAUAGACAGCGACGACGAGGCGAACGAGGACCUCAGCUUGAGAAUUGUUCAGAAAGCCAUGCAGCGAGCAGUUAGAAAGGAUCCCCGGGAAGGUGGUGUUUCUGAAAUAGUGAUGGAUUUGAAGGAGAAGAAAAAGAAGAAAAAGGAGAAAAGGAAAAAGGCAAAGGAACUCGAAACUCUUGAAAUUUCAGUCCCGAGUGACAUAGAUACGGGUUUCAGAGAGUUCUGCGGGGACUUGGUUGAUAAUGUGAUGGAUGAAGAUACCUUGAAAGAUGAGAAAAUUGUGAAGGAUGGUGAGGAACCUGAGACUCAUAAAGCACCUGAAGUUUCUAAUAAAGCAGUUGAAACAAAUCCUGUUGAGGCCUCAGAUAAUGCUGUGUUAAGGAAACUUCUUCGGGGGCCCAGGUACUUUGAUCCUCCAGAUGGCAGUUGGAGAACAUGCUAUAAUUGUGGGGAAGAGGGUCAUACAAUUGCCAGCUGCACUUCAGCCAAGCGAAAGAAACCUUGUUUUGUUUGUGGGAGUUUCGAACAUAACGCAAAGCAGUGUUCCAAGGGACAAGAUUGUUUUAUCUGCAAGCAACAGGGGCAUCGCGCAAAAGAUUGUCCUGAUAAAUGCAACAGUUCGAAGAUAUGCUUGAAAUGUGGAGAUUCAGGACAUGAAAUGUUCUCAUGCAGGAAUGAAUAUAAUCCUGAUGAUUUGAAGGAUAUUCAAUGCUACAUUUGUGGAAAAUUUGGCCAUCUCUGUUGUAUAAACUAUAGCGAUCCCUGUCCCACUGAGGUUUCUUGUUAUAGAUGUGGUCUAUCCGGACACACUGGUCUGGCUUGCAUGGGGUCCAAUUGGGAUACACACAACUCGGCUACUGCUAGUUCAUGCUACAAGUGUGGUGUAGAAGGACAUUUUGCUCGUGAAUGUUCCAGCUCUGUUAAGGCUGUUAAGAGAAAACGCGAACUGUCAACGCCCAAACAAAGAUCAUCCAAGAAGAACAAGGACCGUAAGGAGCCCCAUUCUGAACCGCAUGAUAUUGGGAAAACACGAAAGAAGCAAAAGUCUCAAUUUGGAGAGUUCGCCUCGGCCUCAAGAAUGAAAUACGAACGUUGUUGGACCACUGAACAUCCUGCAGAUUAUUAUUAUAGCCAUGCAGCCAGUGCAGAUAGCUGGAGAUCCCCAGGUAGCUCGAGUCACAACAGAGGUCGAUACACUAGUUCAAAUGGAAACUAUGCAUCAAGUUCUUAUUCUUCCCAAACGCAUCGCAAUAUCAAUUUUCACAAUUCACCGGCAAAUGGGUCAUCCAGAUCUCACCAGCACAGACUCGUCACCACCACAGGCGAGCCUCGUCAUGGUCGCGGCGGCAUACGCCAACUAACUUUCACUGGCCGGACGAUGGUGGUGUUGGUCGUCAGUCAUGGCCAUGUGGCCGACACCAUUGAUUUGACUGGACUAUCCUCGUCACGACGGGUACUUCAGCCACGACACGGCCAUUGA